UGUUGGCAUCUCUCCGUCCUCUCUCUGUCUCUCUGUCUCUCUGUGUCUCCAAUUUGCUCGUCUCGCUUUUUCAAUUUUGCUCGUGAGGUCACGGACAUAAAGCGCAAAGGGUUAGUUCUUGCUCUAAAUUUCUCUGGAGCAUUUCGUGGAGCAAUUGGUAAUCGCUACGUCGAUGUGAGCUUUAACAUUGAGAAACCACAGAAGAGUUCGGUCGAGAUCGCACUCUCAUCUCUUUUCGGCAGGCUUGGCGUUCUUUAAUUUACAGCAGGUAAAGAAAAGGAAACCAAUCGGGGAGGAGGGACGGGCCACGAAUGGAAGGGGAAAUGGAGCACAGAGAGAGGAGGGAGAGAGCGGGAAUUGAUAUCGAGAGCAUGAUGGAAGCUAGAGGAAAUGAGAUGGAAAAUGAUUGCUACUACACUUCCAUGGGUACCGAUAGCGAGGACGGGAUUCGGGAGCCUUUGCUUCUGCGCAAACGCACAAUGAACACCACCUCUCAGAUAGCUUUGGUUGGUGCCAAUGUCUGCCCCAUCGAGAGCCUUGAUUACGAGAUUGUGGAGAAUGAUUUGUUUAACGAGGAUUGGAGGUCGAGGACGAAGGUUCAGAUUUUUCAGUACGUAAUUCUCAAGUGGACGCUUGCUCUGCUGAUCGGGUUGGCAACUGGAAUAGUUGGAUUCUUCAACAAUCUUGCGAUUGAGAACAUUGCUGGGUUUAAAUUCGUGCUAACCAACAAUCUCAUGCUGGAGCAGAGGUACUUGCUGGCAUUUGUGGCUUAUGCUGGUUGUAAUGUAGUUUUGGCCGCUGCGGCAGCUGCCCUAUGUGCUUAUGUUGCUCCAGCUGCAGCUGGGUCUGGUAUACCUGAAGUUAAAGCCUAUCUCAAUGGAAUCGAUGCACAGUCUAUUUUGGCUCCUAGCACACUUUUUGUGAAGAUUUUUGGUUCAAUUUUUGGUGUUUCAGCUGGAUUUGUGGUGGGUAAGGAGGGGCCUAUGGUUCACACGGGGGCAUGCAUUGCCAACUUACUAGGUCAGGGUGGAUCUCGCAAGUACCAUCUGACAUGUACAUGGCUUAGAUAUUUUAAGAGUGAUCGGGAUCGAAGGGACUUAAUUACUUGUGGAGCUGCUGCUGGUGUGGCAGCGGCUUUCAGAGCUCCUGUUGGCGGGGUUCUCUUUGCUUUAGAAGAAGCAGCUUCUUGGUGGCGUAGCGCUCUACUUUGGAGAACUUUUUUCACUACAGCGGUGGUUGCUGUGGUAUUGAGAGCCUUCAUAGAGUACUGUCGUAGUGGUAAAUGUGGGCUUUUCGGAAAAGGAGGUCUAAUCAUGUUUGACGUAAGUUCUGGUUUGACGACAUAUAAAAGUGCAGAUUUGAUGGCAGUUAUUGUUCUUGGUGUGAUUGGCGGUGUGUUUGGAGGCCUCUACAAUCUCAUCAUUGACAGGGUUGUACGUACUUAUAGCAUUGUGAAUGAGAGAGGCGCAAUAUUUAAGAUUCUUCUUACUGUCACUGUCUCCCUCCUGACAACAUGCUGCUCAUAUGGACUCCCUUGGUUUGGAUCUUGUACACCAUGUCCGAGCAAUAUUCAUGAGCAAUGCCCUGCAAUUGGUCAUUCAGGAAAUUACAAGAACUUUCAGUGCCCCCCUGGCCACUACAAUGACCUUGCGUCCCUCUUCCUUAACACUAACGAUGAUGCCAUUCGCAACCUGUUCAGUACUGGGACUAAUAACGAAUUCUACAUUUCAACACUGUUUAUCUUCUUUGCUUCUACUUACUUCCUUGGUCUCGUAACAUACGGGAUUGCUAUCCCUUCAGGCCUUUUUAUUCCUGUUAUUCUUGCUGGAGCUUCCUAUGGUCGCAUUGUUGGGACUCUUCUGGGCCCAUUUACAGACCUAAAUGCUGGCCUCUUUGCCGUCCUUGGAGCUGCAUCUUUUCUUGGCGGAACUAUGAGAAUGACCGUAUCCGUCUGCAUCAUUCUUUUAGAGCUUACUAACGAUCUUCUAAUGCUUCCCUUGGUUAUGCUCGUUCUCCUCUUAUCUAAAACCGUAGCUGAUUGCUUUAACAAGGGAGUCUAUGAUCAGAUUGUUGAAAUGAAAGGUUUGCCUUACCUGGAGGCUCAUGCUGAGCCUUACAUGAGGCAUAUGGUUGCUGGGGAUGUUGUCUCUGGACCUCUCAUUACCUUUUGUGGAGUGGAAAAGGUGGGUAAUAUUAUUCAUGCUCUAAAGAUGACAGGCCAUAAUGGAUUUCCGGUGGUUGAUGAGCCACCUUUCUCAUAUGCACCGGAGUUGGUUGGGCUUGUGCUGAGGUCACACUUGCUUGUCCUGCUUAAAGGAAAGAAGUUCACGAGGGAGAGAGAGCUAACAGGCUUGUCUGAGGCGUUGAGGAGGUUUGGUGCUUUUGACUUUGCUAAGGCAGGGUCUGGGAAGGGAAUGAAGUUAGAAGACCUUGAUAUUCUUGAGGAGGAAAUGGAAAUGUAUGUAGAUCUUCACCCUAUUGCAAAUAAGUCACCUUACACUGUGGUCGAAACAAUGUCACUAGCCAAGGCUGCUGUGCUUUUCCGAGAACUUGGACUUCGGCACCUGCUUGUGGUGCCUAAGACCCCAGGGAGGCCUCCAAUUGUUGGUAUUCUUACACGGCAUGACUUUAUGGCAGAGCAUAUUCUUGGUCUCUUUCCUCAUUUUAAGCCUCACAGAAGGGCCAAAGGAGAAAUUUGACUGGCAACAUACGGAACGAUGCCUCAGAAGAGAUUGUGGUCUGAAACAAGCAUUUAUACCUGUUUAUAGCAUCCAAAGCUUUCCUUCCUUCACCUAAUUAAUUUCCUGCUAGUAUGUGCUGAUUAUUUCUAUUUAUUGUUUAUAUUGAAAAAUAUAGCAUUUAAUUUUCAUGAGAGGUCUGCUUUCUAAUUUUUGUAUGUGGAAAAAAAGGAGAAGGCCGACCUUUAUAAUUAUUAUAAGGUGAUCGAAAAUAAAUUUGCAAAGAAGUUUACAUUCAUUUGAUUUUAAAAGGAUUCAUCUGUACAGUUUAUGGACUUAAAGCUUAAGAAAUAGCUCUUGGAAAUAAAUAUG